AUGCUGUACUGCACGGUGUGUGCGUCGGAGGAGAGUGAAUCCUCAUGUCCUGAAGCGCACAUACCCCCCUCUCCCCCUACUCUCUCCCCUCUUCCCCCACUCCCCCCCCUUACCCAGGUGCUGUACUGCACGGUGUGCGCUUCGGAGGAGGAGAGCGAGCCCUCGGACUUCGUGCCGCUCUCCGUGAGCUACCAGGAGAGGUUCAGCGCUGGGGGGCGCACCAGCGGAGGCUACUUCAAAAGGGAAGGUCGGCCUAAAGACCACGAGAUCUUGGUGUCUCGUCUCAUAGACCGCCCGCUGCGUCCCAUGGUGGCCAAGGGAUUCAACCACGAAGUGCAGGUCCUCUCGUGGCUGUUCAGCUACGAUGGGGAGCACAGCCCCGACGCCCUUGCCAUCACCGCUGCUGGCGCUGCCCUGGCUGUGUCGGACAUCCCCCUGGCGGGCAUAGUGGCGGGGGUGCGCGUGGGCAUGGUGAAUGGCGCUCUGGUCGUCAACCCCACCAACCAGCAGCUGGAAGGAUCGCCUCUAGACCUGGUGGUGGCUGGCACCACCGACUCGGUGCUGAUGAUCGAGGGCUACUGCAAUCUCCUGUCAGAAGAGCAGCUGCUGGAGGCCGUUGCAGCAGGGCAGCAAGCCAUUAGUGCCAUCUGCCACAGCCUACACAAGUGGACGCAGGAGACCGAGGGAGUGGCAAAGCCCAAGCUCACAGCUGCCAUCCACGCCCCACCGGCGGACCUGCUGGGUCGGCUGGAGGGACUGGUGGGGGCGGAUUUGGAGGCUGCGCUGAGGAUUGAGGGGAAGAAGCAGCGGGGAGUGGCGAUCAAGGCGGUAGAGGAGAAGGUGCUGGGGGCGCUCACUGAGGCGGGGCAGGCUGCAACCAGGCAGGCGGCGAAGGAGGAGGAUGAGGAAGCAGAGCUGGCAGAAGAGGAAGGGCUGGUGGUGCCGCCAGGGGAUGUGGACGAGGGGGAGGUGCAUGUGAAAGGCACAGGGACGGGGGUGGGAAAGGGCGUAAGGAAGGGGAAGGGGAGGGCGGUUGUGGUGGAGGUGGCUUAUGACCCACUGGAUGUGAAGAAGCAGCUCAAGGAGCUGACGUCACGUAUCAUGAGGCGUAUCAUUGUCACCGUGAGUGCUGAAAUGUGGCAAAAGCGGUGGCAUAUGACACUGUGGAAUGUGGAUGUGAAGAAGCAGCUCAAGGAGCUGACGUCUCGGAUCAUGCGACGCAUCAUCGUCACCGUGAGUGCUGAGGGCAUGAUGAAAUCGAGGGACGUCGCAGCGAUGGGCGGGGUUUCAGUGACGAGGGUCGUCGCAGCGAUGGGCGGGGAACCAGUGACGUGCGCCCCAUCGAGUCCGCCUGUGGCGUUCUGCCACGCCCUGGCAGUGACGACACUGGGAGGGGAGGACAGCGCACAGCGAUUGGACCAUCUCACUGCCACGUCAGAGCUCAAGCGGUUCUACCUGCAGUACACCUUCCCACCUUCUUCAGUCGGCGAAACCGGCCGUGCGGGGUUCACGAGCCGCAGGGAGGUGGGACACGGGGCUUUAGCCGAGCGAUCGCUGGAGCCGGUGUUGCCAGAUGCAGCAGGCUUCCCCUACACUGUUCGGGUGGAAUCCACCAUCACAGAGAGCAACGGCUCCUCCAGCAUGGCGUCUGUGUGUGGCGGCUGCCUGGCGAUGCUGGACGCGGGGGUGCCGCUCCGCGCCCCAGUAGCUGGAGUAGCAAUGGGGCUCAUUCUGCACACGGAGCAGGCAGGAGGGGACGGCACUCCGGUCAUACUCACGGACAUCCUGGGGUCAGAGGAUGCGCUGGGGGACAUGGACUUCAAGGUGGCGGGCAGUGCCAAGGGAGUCACAGCGUUUCAGAUGGACAUCAAAGUUCAAGGGAUUACCAUUGAUGUGAUGCGGGUUGCGCUCGAGAGGGCCAAGCAGGGGCGGCUCCACAUACUGGGCGAGAUGGCGAAAGCUCAUCCUCCCCCGUCGAACUGCCUCUCGCUAUACGCUCCCCGAUGCGAAUCCAUCCAGGUUGACCCAGAGAAGGUGAAUCUCAUUAUUGGCAGCGGUGGCAAGACCAUAAAGAGUAUAAUCGAAGAGUCGGGAGUUGACUCAAUCAACAUCGAGGAUGGGGGACAGCUGCGCAUAUAUGCGCGGUCAGAGGCGGCACUGGAACUGGCGAGGGCGCGCAUAGAGGGGCUCACCAUGGUGCCGGAAGUGGGGCAGAUCUACCGUGACUGUGUGGUGAAGACUGUCGUUCCUUACGGGGCUUUUGUGGAGCUCAAACCAGGGAAAGAGGCCCUCAUUCACGUCAGUGAACUCUCCACCGUGCGACUCAACAAGCCGGAGGAUUUUGUGGCAGUCGGGGAUACUCUCGACGUCAAAAUUCUUGAGAUCAAUGCAAGAGGUCAGCUGCGAUUGAGUCACAAGGCAGUGCUUCUAGAGGAGGGCAGGGAGCCCGUACCCACUAGUAACGCAUCCUCUACAAGCACAGCAACCCCUAAUGGCUCGAGCGGGGAAAAUAGAAAUGUGGCGGGAGCUGGGAAAGGUGGGUAUGCCCCUCCUAAGUUUGUGAAGCCUAAUGCUCCUGCGUCCCCUUCACCCUUGGUGCCUAAGCCAAGGGGUAGGUGA